AUGAAAGUGAGUGGAGGAUAUGAUAUGCUACAUGUUCGAAAGGCAUGGGAGGAGAAAUGCAUGAGCGAAGGAGGCAGUGCGGUGGAGAAGUUCCGUUUCAACCUGGAGAGGAAGGAGUGGGCUCUGGGAUGGGAUUACGGCGAGGAGGGAAUCACUAUCAAGUACUUGUUCGAUCAAGACACGAAGACGCAUUUCGUCUUGACCGAGGCCCUGCUGGAUUUCGAGUGCGAGUGGACAUUUCGACAAUAUCAAGACCACGCCAUGCCGGCCACUACCGAUUGGUGCUCUGACAUGAAGGAAUAUAAAAUCAUUCAGCGACUGACAGGCACCUGCUGGGUGACAUACCAAGUGACGGAGCCGAAACUCGGAGGCCUCUUCGCUAGUCGGGACAUGAUCCUUCUCACCUAUUUCGACAAGAUCGAGGACACCCACUUCGUAUCCUUCAGGAGCACCGAGUGGCCCGGCCUGGAACCGAGGGACGGUGUGGUCAGGGCGACGGUGCAGGAAGGAAGCGGAAUAUCGCUGUCGCCAGACGCACGACAUAAGGCAACAAGGACGCGACUGCGCUGGAUCAGUACGUUGGACUUCAAGCUCCCGUUCGUCCCGAACGCGAUCCUUCGGAACAUCUAUGCAGAUGGAUGCCGGAAGUUUAUUCUUGCCCUCCAGAAUUUUCUGUCCAAGCACCGAAUGGGACUCCAGGUCAUUCAAGGCUGA